AUGGCCACGCCCGCACGCGCACCCGCUCCUACCCUCUCCCGGGCCACGACAGUGACAUCACAGGACAAGCACGAUGCUUCUCCUCCCUCCAAAGGCCACGACGAAGCCAAGGGAGAGCGCUCGUCGCCGUCGGCGUCGACUGCCAUCUCCGGCUUCAAGCGCUAUACGAUCAUCGCCUGCCUUGUUCUCGCCAUGUUCCUCGUUUCCCUCGAUCGCACCAUCUUGGGAGUUGCCGUGCCCCGCAUCACCGACGAGUUUCACUCUCUCGAUGAUGUUGCUUGGUACUUUUCGGCGUACUCAAUCGCCAACGCUGCCUUGCAGCUCGUGUGGGGACGCAUCUACAAGUUCAAUCCGGCAAAGACGUGCUUCAUCAUUUCGGUCCUCCUCUUCGAAGUCGGCUCGGCCGUCUGCGGUGCUGCGCCCAACUCCAUUGCCCUGAUCAUUGGUAGGGCCAUCGCGGGAGCAGGUGCUGCUGGAAUCUUUUCAGGCUGCAUACAGAUCGUCAUGGCGCUCGUCCCUCUCGAGAAGAGACCGGUAUUCCAGGCCUCGUUUGGCGCUGUGUUCGGCGCCGCCAGCGCAAUUGGCCCUCUCCUCGGCGGUGCAUUCACGCAAAAGGUCUCCUGGCGAUGGUGCUUCUAUAUCAACUUGCCCCUGGCCGCGUUGGCUCUCUUCGCCGUCGUCUUCUUCUUCGACGGCGACCUCACGGACAGGAACAAGCGGAAGAUGACCGUCAGCGAGCAGAUCAACCAGCUUGACCCCAUCGGAACUCUCCUUAUCAUCCCCUGUGUCACCUGCCUGCUUAUUGCCCUGCAGUGGGGAGGAGCCAGAUAUGCCUGGAGCAACGGCCGCGUCAUUGCGCUACUCGUAGUAUUCGCCGUUACGCUCGUGGCUUUCAUCGCAUCACAAAUCUGGCUCGGCGAUCGAGCGAGCUUGCCUCCCAAGAUCUUCAUGGAGCGAAGUGUGUUGGGCUCCUUCUGGUAUCUCAUUCUCCUGUCGGGCUCGAUGUCCACCGUCUUCUACUAUGUACCAAUCUGGUUCCAAGUCGUCCAAGACAAAUCGCCCCUGACAGCAAGCUACCAUACACUUCCUUCCAUCCUGGCAAUCGUCGUCGCCUCGAUCUUGAACGGCGCCUUCUCGCAAAAGACGGGCUACUACACACCAGGAAUGCUUGCGACGCCAAUCCUAGCGAGCGUCGGAGCUGGACUCAUCUCGACAUGGACGCCCUCCACGUCGACGGGGCAAUGGAUGGGCUAUCAGAUCUUGUUCGGCGCCGGGAUCGGCCUGGGAAUGCAGGGCGGCUCUCUCGCCGUUCAAGCUGUCCUUCCUGGACCAGACAUCCCCAUUGGCAUUGCUGCGACCUUCUUUGCUCGUGAGAUGGGAGGCGCCAUCUUCGUUGCCGUGGCGCAAAAUCUCCUUCAGUCCAAGCUGGCAGCACAGCUGUCCGCCAUCCCUCAGCUUCACAAUAUUGCCUCGCAUCUUGCACAUGCAGGGGCCAGCGAGAUCAGGCAAGGUGUCGACCCGGAUCAGGUUGGUCUCAUUGCCCAGGCGUACAAUGCUUCGCUGCGCGAUGCCUGGUACCUAGCUACGGCCUGUGCCGCCGCGAUGAUCGUGCCUUUUGCUCUGAUUAGAUGGAUCAACCUCAAGAAGCGUGGGAAGAAGAUUGCGGAGGAGACGAGAGAGCAGGAGUCAAUGCGGGAGAAGCAGGACCAAGCGGCAGAAUCUGGCGCCGUGAAGGCCGAACAGGCCUAG